AUGCCUCCCAAGAAGGUUGCCCGCGCUCCCCAGGAGAACGUCCAGCUCGGACCCAACGUCCGUGAGGGCGAGCUCGUCUUCGGCGUUGCCCGUAUCUUCGCCUCCUUCAACGAUACCUUCGUCCACGUCACUGAUCUCUCGGGUCGCGAAACCAUCUCCCGUGUCACUGGUGGCAUGAAGGUCAAGGCUGACCGUGACGAGUCCUCCCCCUACGCUGCCAUGUUGGCUGCUCAGGACGUCGCUGCCCGCUGCAAGGAGCUCGGCAUCACUGCCCUCCACGUCAAGAUCAGGGCCACUGGUGGUAACGGCACCAAGACCCCCGGUCCCGGUGCUCAGUCUGCCCUCCGCGCCCUUGCCCGUGCUGGCAUGAAGAUCGGCCGUAUCGAGGACGUCACCCCCACUCCUUCCGACUCUACUCGCAGGAAGGGUGGUCGCCGUGGUCGUCGUCUCUGA